AUAUUUUAGAAGACCCUACAACGUGAAAAAUAAAAAAAAAAUUUAAUUAUGUAUAAUUUAAUUGUGGAUAAGUUUAUAGUUGGUGAUUAACUAACUAUUUAUCUGUAUAUAGAGGUUAAAAUUAGUGCUAUUUGUGUUUACAAACAUUGCGUGAAAAUCUUUUUAAUUGCGUGAAAAUCUUUUUAGUCAUUAAUUAAAAAAUAAAUUAAAAACAUGUGCACGUGUCUAUUAAAAAGAAGAAUUAUAGUAAUGACUCUGGAAAGUAUUCAUUUACCUAUUCAUGUAUCAAUAGCAAUGGAUUUCGCUAUCAUUCAAGUGGCAUCAGGAGGUAAGAAGGUUGUCCAGCUCCAAAACAUCUUUCUGAUCGAUGAUGAUAACAAAUACACAAUCCGUGGAACAAAGGAUUUGAUCAAACAAGCUGAUAAUGGCCGCAGUAAAACUCUCCGUGUUUCAAUCAACAAGAAAUUGAUAGCUUGUACUGUUAUAGAAAUAAGUGAUGACAAAGAUUAUUUGUCAAGCAAAAUAAAAAGUCCAAUGCUUGGCCGUGGAAAAAGAUUGAAACCAGUUAAGAGGCUCAACUUCUCGCCUGGAAUGACGAAAGAUAAUCCAGUACCAUCAAGGAAGGUUCUUUCAAAUCGAGAAACGAACCAGGCUAUUGCUCAAAAGAAAAAAAUUAAAAUCGUACAAUCUAAAAAUGUGUCCCAAAGAGAAAGAGUUAUCAUUGAGAGGAUGAGAAAGAAAUUGAAAGAAAAUGUACAAACAACUGAGGUUGAACCUGAUCCUGUUGAACCCAAUCCUGGUGAACCUAAUCCUGUUGAACCCAACCCUGUUAAACCUAUUCAUAAUGAACCCGGUACUUUUACGUCUAUUACAAGCAUUGGAUUACCAGCAGAUGAUGCUUUAUCUAGUGGAACAUCGGGAAAUUCGAAUCAAGAGGAGAAAAAUGAUAUUCUAAUUGAAAAAUUCAAACGGUAAGGAUGUAGCGGUCAAUAAUGCGGAAUUGAUGAAACAACUAGAAAAAUUGCGAAGAGAAAAUAACCUACUGCUCCAAAAAUCAAGAAACCUGAAACGCCAAUCACAGGUGACACGAGCGAAUCAUUCAGAGCAACGACAACAUGAUCAGCAGGAAAAUGACCCACGACAAAAUGAACAAAAUGCAGAAAAAGAUGCCCAGGAUUUUCCACGUGUUGAUGAAAAUUACCAGAUCUCAGUACUGGAUGGAAUAGCUAUUGA